AUUUUUCAAAGUCGCUCAAUCAGUGUCUGCACUUUUGCACGGUAUCGCAAGCCGGGAGGUUCAUUUUUCGUGGGAGUACUAGCAGUAAAUCUUACCAAGUCAAUUAAAACAAAAAUAUAACUGGCUAUUCUAGAUUUUUACAUUUGAGUUUACUCCUCACAUAAUUUGAAUAAAUUUACAAUACUUGCGUUUACCAUUGAAAUAAGUAUUCAGAGAUUUAAAUGAGUGUAUAGACGACACGCGUUCGGAUACGUCGUCAAAUAUUUUCUUUAUCAGUGAUUUUAUAAUUUGAUAAAUAUUAUUAUUUACAAAGUGAUAGUGAUUUAUUACCACUUUAUUGUCUAAUUGAUAAUAUUUAACAGUUUAAAUAUACAUAAUUAAAAAUAGUAAUAUUAAUAAAAAAAUAGAACAUAUACCACAAUGAAAGAUUUAAUGUCUAUUUGGAGUCGUUUGGCUGGGCGACAUUACACGUCUGUCAAUGCAAAUGUUAAUCGUCAACCAAGCGCGAAUGAUCUUGAUGAUUCAGAUAGUGAUCCAAGUAAUCUUCAUUCAAAAUCCGCAAUUGUAGUUAACAAAUUUUUCAAUAGAACAUUGUCAGUACAUUCCAGCGGCAGACGAAAAUGGCCUAAGAGUAUCUUCACAUUUAUGAGUUUAGGCCUUCUUGGUAUAACUUUUGGUGUGUUAAUACUCGUGAUUCAGCCCUACGAGCUACUUUUUAAAUUAAAAGUUAUAUUCAGCGACAAUGGUGAAAUUUUUGAAUUGUGGAGGAAGCCGCCAGUUGAAUUGUACCUAAAAGUUUACUUAUUUAACGUAACUAAUCGUGAAGAAUAUAUAUCAGGCAUUGAUUCUAAACUCAAGUUCAAAGAAAUCGGCCCGUAUGUUUACAGAGAACAUUUAGAGCAUUCAAACAUAACCUUUAAUGAAAAUGGAACAGUUACCGCAAUUCCGAAGCAUCCACUCACAUAUAUACCAGAAUUAAGUGGUGGAGCUGAAGAUGACAUUCUCAUCUUACCGAAUAUUGCAUUACUGAGCAUCGCCAAUGUUAUGAAAGAUGCUUCAAUAAUUACAACUUGGCCAUUGAAUGCUUUGAUCAAACAGUCAGAUUCACAUCCACUUGUUAGAAUGACAGCACGAGAAUUUAUGUUUGGUUACAAAUCUAGUCUUGUUACACUCGGUAACAGUUUUAUGCCAUCAUGGAUUAAAUUUGACAAACUUGGAUUGAUCGAUCGGAUGUAUGACUUUGAUGGUGAUUUUGAAACUGUUUACACCGGAGAAAAAGACAUAAGAAAAACUGGACUAAUUGAAAAAUAUAAUGGUGAUGUCAAUCUACCUCAAUGGACUGGAAAAUGUGGAAAUGUCAAUGGUGCAAGUGAUGGAGCCAAAUUUCCAAGUUAUAUUGAACCAAAUGACACACUAAUAUUUUACAGAAAAAGUCUUUGUCGUAGUGCUAAAAUGGUACGGAUAGGUGAGAAAGAUGUUAAAGGUCUACAUACAUAUAAAUACAAAUUUAUGGACAAUGAAUUAGACAAUGGAGCUAAUAAUUCUGAAAAUAAAUGUUUUUGUCGCGAAGGACGAUGCUUACAGCCAGGUUUAAUUGAUGUCACUGAUUGCUAUUAUGGAUUCCCUAUUGCUUUAUCGUAUCCUCAUUUUUACGAAUCAGAUCCUUCGCUUCUUGAAGGGGUAGAAGGUCUUAAACCCGAAAAAGAAAAACACGAAUCGUAUUUUUAUAUUCAACCUAAAUCAGGACUUCCAGUAGAUUUAGCUUUUCGUUUUCAAAUAAACAUGGCUUUGCAAGAUAUCAGCAGAAUUUCAAAUGUCGAGGGUUUUUCCAAUCUCGUGUUACCUCUACUGUGGUUUGAAAUCGGAAUGUAUGAGCUUCCGGAAAGUAUGAAUAACCGGUUUAUUUUGUACUUAAAUGUAUUACCAGUAGUGCAAGAUGUCGCAACUUACGCGCUUUUCCUUGGCGGAAUAAUAUUCCUCGUAUGGAGUAUCGUGAAGAUAUUAUUAUACCGACCAAAAGGACCAUCUGGAAGAGCAGUCCAAUGGUUUGAAUCAGACCUUCAACGAAAAAGACUUAACUUCUUCAAUGAAAAACGUAAUUCGUUCCGUGCGAAACCGAUGGACACUUACUACAACUCGUUAUUAGAACCUAAAGAAGAAAUGACGCCAAUGACUGCGAUGGUUAAUUCUGAGUUCAAAGAAGAUCUUGUAUAAUCUUUCUAUAAAGGAAGAAUUAAUACGAAAACCGAUAAAUGAAUCACGUAUGAGUGUGAUUCUGAAAAUAAAAUGUCGAGAUUAAUGUACAACAUGUCUCACAACACGCCAACCUCAUCAACUUCUACGUGAACAAAUAUUGAAUACUUAUUAUUUUUUUAUACUCUCAUGAUUUAAUCAAAAAAAUAAUUGGUUUUAUAUUAUUACACAAAAGUAAAUAGCAACAGGGAUAGGAAUUGUAGAGUGAAAUAUGAUAAAAAAGUAUUAUAAACAGUACGGAAAUUAAAGUGUGUUCAAAUCCGUAGAAAUCCGUUAAAAAUUACGGUUGACUUGUUCAUUAUUUCGGCGUUGAUUAUCAUUAACCCUUCGUCGGUCGCGUGCAUUUUCCAGCCAAGUUAAGUCGCGUAACCGUGUUAAAUUGAACGCGCUGUUGCCAACCCUGAUUAAGAAAAAUGAUUUAAUCCAUGCUAAGUGUACAUCUAUAUAUUAGUGGAUUCAAGUUGUUUUAAAUCAUUUCCAAUUGUUUUGAAUCAUUUCAAAUAAUAUUUCAUAAUCAGGGAAAUAUCGAACCGCAACUUUUAUGUGUUGUCCCAGUAUUAAAAAAUUUGUUUUUCUAAUAAGAAUAUUAUUAACAAUUUUAUAUAAAUAAAAUCACACUCAUUGAAGUUAGCGAACAUCUGAAAAUUUUUGAAAUAAUAAAUGAAAUGUUUAUAAAAUAAAAAUAAAAAAAUGCAUAUUUAGAAAAUUCAAAAUUCAGUACGUGCAUUUUUUAAAAAUUUUAUUAUUUUAAUUGUUUAAUUUUAUUAUAUGUAAUCAUAAAAUUGUCGUAUACCUGCUACAUUUACACUCAUAUAAAAUCAUUAAUAUUAAAUAACAAUUAAGUUGUAAAUAAAAUAAUUAAAGCAAAAACUAACCUGAAAAAUCACUUCACUUUAAAUAGUUGUACCACAUGUGGUAAAAAAGGAUAAAAUGGUCGCAGUAAAAAUUUGGCAACAUCGCAGUUUAAAAAUGACUUGGACACUUUCUCGCACCAGGUGGCAGAGCGCCACUUUCUCAUACUCGGUCUCGAAUAUUAAAAUUUAUUAAUAUUUUCCAAGUGUUUUUAUGCUUGUAAAUCGCGUUAAAAUUUUCACAACAGUUCAAAGAAGGAAUUAAAUUUUUUUCAAAGCUACUAAUUCAAGCAAUUUUGAGAAAAAAAAAUAAAGUGUAAAAAAGUCGGUGCCACGCUCAUUACGCUACUGACGAGGGGUUAACUACCAGUGGAAAAAUAACCGAAAAAGUAACCAACGGUAAAAAUUAAUUUAAAAAUGUGCAGAUGAUAAAAGUUACUUUUAACUAUACGUCGGUUAAGUUUUUUAACCAACAAUUUCACCGGUUAAUUAAUAUUCAUAGUGAUAAUCAUAAAUCUUUGUACAAGUAGUGGAGAUAUUAAUGGUACAAGUACUGAAUUCGAUGAAAAAUAAUAAUAUACGUAAUCAUGAUAUUCAAGACAGACAUUUUUAAAUGAAAAAAUGUAUUUUCUAAGAGUUUGAUAUCAAUGUAAAUACUGUAAAUAUAUCAUUUAGCUGAUAAUUAAUUAAUUAAUUAAUAUAAUACUGAUAUUGCUCAUUAAUAGUCUUAGUAAACAUUUUGAAUCUCAUUUAAAUAAAUAAUUACCUCAGGUAAAUCUCAUAAAUAGUGCAAUCGAUGUUAUAUAUAAAUAUAUGUACUGCAUAAAAAAGUAUAAACAAAAAUAUUAUUGACAUGACUUUUAUAUUUUUAACACAGUCACUAUUGAAAAAAAAAAGGAUAAAAAAAUUAAAUGUCAGUUAUAAAUUUUUGAAUCAUAUUAAUAGCAGACUUUUGUAUUAACUUUUAGUUCCGUUAAAUAAGAAAAAGCUACAUGUUAAGUGACAAUAAAUCUUGCCGUAUUUAUAUAUGUAUUUUUUUUUAGUCAAGGAUAAUGAAGCAACUUAAUAUUAUUCAUUCAUAUAAAUAUUAUUGUCAGAUGUUAUCCGUUAUGUGAGAUCUAAAUAAUUCAUUUUUUUAUCGGUGUAUCAUGUACUCAUAAAUACAACUUAUAGGGAAUAUUUAAUUUUAUAAAUAUUUUUUUAAAAUAAUUCCGCGACAUUGGCCAAAUAUUUAUUAUUGUAAUGAAUAAUAAAAUAUGUUCGUUUUUUUCAUUUUUAAUGAAGAUAAACUUGAGAAUUAAAAAUUACUAGUUUUGUCAAUAAAUAACUUUGUCGGCUAUUUCUCGCACAUACACUACAUUAUAUGGAUAAAAUGAUAUUUCUUGAAUUUCGAAAUAAUAAUUAUCAACAGUAUACCAGAAAUGUUGGAUGUACCCACACACAUAUAUAUAUAUAUAUAUAGGUAUAUAUGGCCUAAGUGUGCGGAAUUUCACACAAAAAUUGUGAUAAUUAAUAUUUCUUUUUCUUGUUGUAUCUUUUAUACUAUUGUUUAUGUUUAUUUGUAUUUAAUAAUAUGAAUCUUGCCAGAGAUGUUUUGUUAAUCAUUGAUUAUUAAUUAAUAUUGUCAAUGGUGUGAAU